UUUGUUUUUCACAGUGCAAUUAAAAACGAUGAUGAUUGAGUCACUUGCUUCUCCUUCUAUUUCUACUGUUAUGCUAUGUUUUUCUCUCUCUCUCCAUCAUUUCUCACCAAUUCCAAUCCCAAUUCUUCAAAAUCAAAUCCAAAUUCCUUUCUUUUACUGUUCCACUUCUUAGGAUCCGCCAUGAAUGCUUAUUAGCCUCAGUUAUUUUUCUAACUUUUUCGCUCUCCCUUUUUUUUUUAAACUUGUCGUGCUCUUCUUUGUAUGAUGAUGACCCAGCUUCUUCACCUUUUUACCCCACCCACCCUCUCUUCUUCUCCUUCUUACUCUGCUCUCUUGUACAGCUGAUCCACCCUCCCCUCUUAAAAACCCCACCUUGACCCUCCUUCUACCUUUUGACCUACUAAUCUCUCUUUUUAUUUCUAGGGUUUCCUUUUUCUUCUUGAUCCUUUGUUUUCUCUUCCUCUCCUCCUCUUUAGUUCUCUCUUCAAACAACCCUUUUCUUGUUUUUGUAUAUUCCUAUAGAUCUUUUCUGCCAAUUUUUAGGGGAUUAUUUUCUGUUUAUAAUGAGGUGGGGUUUUUACUUGAUCAACUUUUGUAUAACGUGAAUAGCUUCUUGUUUCUGUUCUAAAAGUAAUACUACUCCCUUAUUCCCUUAGUUCUUCUUCUCUUCGUUUUUCCAAUCAAAUUUGGGUUUAUGGCUUAUCAACAACAGCAGGGAGCAGUUGGGGGUUCCGGCUCCGCUCCAUUUUAUAAUUCUCCAUUUGGGGACACCACUUUUACUAAGGUCUUUGUUGGAGGCCUUGCUUGGGAAACUCAGAGUGAAACCCUCAGGAGAUACUUUGAGCAGUUUGGUGAAAUCCUUGAGGCUGUUGUCAUCACUGAUAAAAAUACUGCCCGAUCCAAAGGCUAUGGCUUUGUGACUUUCCGGAACCCUGAGUCCGCGAGGAGGGCGUGCGCUGAUCCUGCUCCAAUUAUCGAUGGGAGGCGGGCAAAUUGUAAUUUGGCUUCGUUAGGGCGACCUCGGCCUACUGUGCCAUUUGGACGUCUGAGGCCAUCAACUCCAUUUCCAGCAGGUCUACCAGCUGCUCGGGGUGCUUACGUUGGAAGCUUUGGCUACCAGCAACCGGUUUCUUAUGGCUACCAACAAGGCUUGAUGUAUUCUCCCUAUGGGUAUGCAACAUAUGGUGGGGAUUACGUUUACCCUCAGGGUGUUUACAAUCCUUAUGGAGGUCAACAGUACCUUCCUAUAUAUGGUGUACCUGGAAGUGUUAACACAACAAUGUAUCCUUACGGCCAGCUAAGUCAGGCUGUUCCUGGAAGUCACAGUUAUACAACAUUGGAGGGUUAUGCAAUGCCAGGUCAUCAGAUUCUUCAGUUUGGUGGACCCAGUGUCAAUGCAAUGACAGCUUCAUCCAUCCCAACUAUUCAAGCACCAUACCCAACAGGUGUCGGAGCGCCUGUUACUCCACAGCCACAGUUUAUGCUACCUACUCAUUCUCCUCAAUUUAUGCAAGGUAGCGGUUCUGACCAAAAUGCAGGGUGAGAUUUUAUCAAGGUAUCCUAGAUUGCAGCAGGACUAAAAGCAGCAGUACUGCUACUUGAGAGGCGGGCUUUCAAUCUAACCUUGCAAAUUGUUCACUUUGCAUUCUAUAGGUUAUAAAAAAGUCAAAGGUCAAUACUCACCGUGAGAGCUCAAUGUCUGAGUCACUCCAGAUGAUUGAGUGAGGAUACAUAGAAGUUGCAGGUUGCACUUCUUUCAACAUCAUCAUCUUGUUGUAUCUAGCCCCUUGCAUUCUGCCGGUAUUGGGAUAACUGGUAGAGAGUCAGUCGACGUCAUGCAUUUGAGGGAUGCUGGAAUAGGUUUCUGGUUCCCUCCCUGUAGCAAUAAAUAGACAUUGUAAAAAGUCACAUCAGAAUCAACAUAUGAUUCUUUUAUAGUCAAAACUCCCCAGCAUGUUUGGGUGUGUAGAUAGUCUUGAGUGUUGGUGCAUCAUGCGCACUGUGUUUAAAAGUAUUCUCAAAGUCUUGUGCAUAAAACAAUCUUGAGUCUUUUAAUUGACAUUCAUUCUGUAAUUUCGAUUAUUUAUUGAGGGCUCAGCUCUGAAGUAAGUAGCUUCAGGAUCUCAAGAACA